AUGCAAGGCGCCCCGGAGCCCUUUGCAAACCACGCCCAUUUACGACCACCCGGUGUCGCGCCCAUCGCCCACGAACCGCGCCUCGCCUUCCCGCUCCCUAAAUCUACAUUUCCAUCAAUCGCCAUCCUUUUCUUGCGCGUUUUUGUCGUCGUUGUGCCCCCCUCGCGCCGUCGCACUUGGUGCCUCGUCCGUUUCGCCCUGCCCUGCGUGCGCGCGCCGCCUUCCACGUCGGCCGCGGGCUCUGGCCACGCGACGCCCACCGCCGGCGCCGGCGCCAGCUCCGCCUCCGAUAGCCACAGCAAUCCCAAGGCCUCGGCCGAGAACUCGCCCGCGCCGCCUCUCGAACCCAUUGACCGCACAAAGGACUCCUUCACCAAGCUUAUGGUGGAGCGGUACACGUCCCGCGACGCCAUCGCCGCCGCCGCCCUCUCGGACCAACUCAACCACACGCGCAUAUCCACAAGCUACCAACGGCAAAAGAUCAACGAGUACCGCCAUAUCAGAACUGACUACCAGCCCGUAUUUACUCCCGGCCGAUUAUACGGCGAUGGCUACCGGGGCUAUGCCAAUGGCUUUACCGAGAAUCAUGCCCCAGCCCGCAUCGUCUACCCCAGUCAAAAGAUCCGCCCCGGUCGCCGGACGACGCCUGCCCUCAAAUACCCGCGCAAGGACAUGAUCAAGCAGGCAGAGCUCCACGAAGAGCUGGUCCCUGUCCGCAUCGAAGUCGAAUGGGACAAGUACAAGCUGCGCGAUACUUUUACCUGGAACCUCCACGACCGCCUCCUCCCCGUCGAGCUCUUCGCCGCCCAGCUUGUCGAAGACAUUGGCGUGAAACCGCCUGCCGCCCAGCCUGUCUUUGAGCAGAUUGUAAGCCAGAUGCGCGAACAGCUCACCGACUUUUAUCCCUUUGUCUUUUCCGAAGAAGACGCUCUCGAUCCCGAGCUGCCCUACUCGGCAUAUAAAAAUGACGAAAUGAGAAUACUAGUCAAACUCAACAUCACCAUCGGCCCGCACACCCUGGUCGACCAAUUCGAAUGGGAAAUCAACAACCCCUCCAACUCGCCCGAAGAGUUCGCCGCCAACAUGGCCCGCGACCUCUCUCUCUCAGGCGAGUUCACUACAGCCAUUGCACACUGCAUCCGCGAGCAGUCGCAACUAUUCACAAAGAGCCUGUACAGCGUCGGCCACUCCUUUGACGGCCGGCCGAUCGAAGACUCGGACCUUGUGUCGGCCUUCCUGCAGACGCCCGUGCCGGCCGUCUUCCGACCCCAGCAGCAGGCCAAGGAGUACGCCCCAUACAUGUACGAGAUGAGCGAUGCCGACCUCGACCGCAACGAGACCAUCUUCUCGCGCGAGCAGCGACGGCAGAAGCGCUCCAUCAACCGGCGCGGCGGGCCGCAGCUUCCCGACCUGCGCGAGCGGCAGCGCACGAUCCGCACCCUCAUGGUCUCGUCGGUGCUGCCGGGUGCCGCCGAAACCAUUGAGGAGACAGGCCUUUUCAAGCGCGCGGCGGGCAUCCGCAAGCGGCCGACGCGCGAGGGCGACAUUUCCGAGUCGGACGAGAGCGACGACUCGGCGCCCGACUCGCCCGCACCCUCGCAGUUUGCCGGCACCGCCCGCACGCGCGGCAUGCGCGGCGCCGCGUCGGCCGCCCAGCACCGCAUGUCCAACCUCGGGCGCUCCGAGACACCAGAUGCCCUACACCACGAGGCGAGCGCCGGCGGUGUCGGCGGGCGCUCCUCGCGCCGCUUCCGCGAGGAGACCGAGGACGUGCCGCGCCUCGUCGUCACGCUCAAGGUCAACAAGGAUAAGUUUCGGCGGCUGCUGCGCGGCGAGUAUCGCUUCUCCCAUACGACGCCUUCGCAGCCGCCGACGCCUUCGCAAGGUGGCGCCACGCCCAAGGUGCUCGCCAAGGCGAUGCCACCUACCUCGACGCCAUCGCGCGGCAUCAGCACCACGCCCGUGCCGAUUCCCCACGUGGUGGGCAAGUUUCCGCCUGGCCAGAUUGGUCGCCUGCCAGCGCCUCCUCCCGUACCAGGCCAACAGCACACUCCGCCCAACCCGCCCGAGUGGCUCGUCCAGGCCCUUCGGGGCCUCGAGAAGAAGUACCCCGACGGCGACCGGUUCGAGGCUAUAAUGAAGUACUCGUACCUCGACCCCAUCACGGAGCUGCCCGUCCAGAUACACCCCCUCCCCGACGGCGUCAAGUAUGCCUGGCUCCCGCGCAUCCGCUGCCUCGACUGCACCUCCAAGCUCUACACGCCCGGCCCGGACAUGACGGCGCAAAAAUUCGAGACGCACCUGCGCUUCUCCAGCCACCGCGAGGCGGUCCGCGCCCGCGUGGUCGCCGACGGCGGCGGCGGCGGUGGCGGCCGCAGCGGCUCGAGCGCGUCCUCGUAG